GUUUGACCCUCGGCGGCAGCUGUAGCGCUCGGGGCUGCUGGAGACCAGCAGUGUUCUCCACGUGUUGGAUCCGGAUACAGAGCACCAGCUGGAGGGUCGGGUGCUCGCAUCGUCCGCAGUAAGGGUUCCUAACGAAGCUCUAGUGCAUUUUGCCUGUUACAAGAGCCCAUCUAACCUCUUCAUGGCUGACCUGAUAACUGAGGAGCCAAAACAGCAAGCAAGCGGUGGGGGAGAAACCAGGAAAUCCUCUCGUUUCCAAGAGGAAUCUGAGGCUUUGGAGGAAAAUGGACAUGACGCCAAGAGGCUUAAAGUGGACCAUGAAGAGCAGAACAAGAAGCAUCCAAAGAGGAAAGUGGUGCUGCUCAUGGCUUAUUCUGGAAAAGGGUACCAUGGAAUGCAGAGGAACGUGGGUUCAUCCCAGUAUAAAACGAUUGAAGAUGAACUUGUGCAGGCCCUUGUCCUGUCAGGCUGUAUUCCUGAGAAUCACGCCGACGACAUGAAAAAGAUGUCCUUUCAGCGAUGUGCACGCACAGAUAAGGGAGUGUCUGCUGCGGGGCAAGUUGUGUCUUUGAAGGUGUGGCUAAUCGACAGCAUAGUGGAGAAAAUUAACAGUCACCUGCCUUUCCACAUCCGAAUAAUAGGAUUGAAACGAGUUACGGGACGGUUUAAUUCCAAGAACUCUUGCGACGCUCGUACCUAUUCCUACACCCUACCCACUUUUGCUUUUGCCCAUAAAGACCAUAGUCUGCAGGAGGAAGGCUUCCGACUUGGCCAAGAAACCUUAGAUAAAGUCAAUGAACUGCUUGCUCUUUACAAAGGCACACACAAUUUCCAUAAUUUCACAUCGCAGAAAGGACCCAGGGACCCCAGUGCAAAGCGAUAUAUCAUGGAGAUGCAUUGUGAGCCACCUUUCCUGCAGGGAGGCUUAGAACUGGCUGUGAUUAAAGUGAAAGGUCAGAGUUUCAUGAUGCACCAGAUACGAAAAAUGAUUGGACUGGUUAUUGCUGUGGUGAAAGGAUAUGCUCCACCAUCUAUAAUGCAACGGAGCUGGGGAGAGGGAAAAGUUGACAUACCCAAAGCUCCAGGUCUGGGGCUUGUACUGGAGAGGGUCCACUUUGAGAAGUACAAUCAGCGUUUUGGUAAUGAUGGUCUUCAUGAGUCUUUGGACUGGGCAGAAGAGGUGGAACAGAUUGAGGCCUUUAAAAAAGCACACAUCUAUCCCACAAUUAUUCAGACAGAAAUUGAAGAAAAGUCCAUGGCAAGUUGGCUGGCCACUUUAUCCAUUCAUGACUAUAAUGCAACUUCUCAAGAGCAGACGGUCAAUCAUAAGGUGGAAGGAACAGCUCAGAGUGAUGAUGAUGGAGACUCAGACUGAAUGUUGGUUCAAUAAUCUCCUGUGCAGCAUUCUACAAUGUGAAGACCUUGUGCAGGAAGUGCAUUGAAAAUCUAAGACUGUGCACAAUAAUAACUGAAAUGCUGCUGUGUUUUUGGGUUCUAUUUCCCCCUUCAUCACGAGGUCUAUGCCUGUGGAUAAGCAGAAGGAAUGUUUAAUUUAGACAAGAGAUGAAUUCUAAUGUAACAGAAAAGUAAAAAGCUCCAGAGGAUUUAACGGGGUACUAUGGAUCAGAACGCUCAGCCAUGUAAUACCUUUCCAGAGGUAAAGGAUUUUUCUGUUCUGUGACUUGGAGAUAAGAGGUCUCAUGAUAACACAUCUAGACAUUUUCUAUUACAGACUUUAAAGGGUUUCUACCACUUAGGUGUCAC